AUGAGGACAUUUGCUGCAGCUAUGACUGUUGGUUUAACUUUCGUGGGUUUAGUUGGAGCCUUAACCAUCGACAAUCAAUUAACCAUCAUCAAGAGCGAUUGCUUCGAGAGGAUGGCCAUAGGGCAAAAGCUGAACCCGAAAGAUGUGUAUCUUAAGUUAGAUUUAAACACGGUGCCGGAUUGCCAAAGAGAGUGCACGAAGGACGAGGACAAGUGCAGGAGCUUCAGUUUCGGGAUUGGAGCCAAAGGAAACGCAACUUGCGAACUUAGUAGUAAAGUUAUUAAGGAGACUAUCGAUUUGAAGCCAAUUGGGACUUUGGUUGAAACAGAUUAUGAUUUAUAUAUUAAGAAACUUGGUUGUAAGAUCGUGAUCGAGCACCAACCUCAGAUUGAUUUAACAACGCCGAAUCCGCUUUCCGAUGAGAUUCCUACGUACGGUGAAGAUGUUAGUAAACCAGAGAUUCAUCAGGAAGAACCUGAAAGCACGCCUAGAGCAAAUAGUCAACGUGUCCAAACAAGUUUGAUUAGUAUAAGACCGGAUCCAAAUAGGCCUAGUUACACAGGGCUUGGGCCGGCUUUGGGAUAUUUCGAUGCUAAAAAACCUUAUGGUCACGAAUUUGGGGGAAGACCUGUCAGGCCUUAUUAUAAUGAAAAUCAAAGACCUAAACCAUAUCACGAUAAUGAUAGAAUCGAUUACGAUUCGAUGCCUCCGUUUAGACCGCAAAAUUUGAAUCAUCCUUACAACGAUUAUGCACCAAUGAAACGACCGUUAUAUGAUAAUUAUAUUGAAAGACCUGAUGAUUUCGAUAGACCGGGAUCUGGGUAUGGUCUGCACUCGCAAUCUUCUGGUUAUAGUGAUAGACCUAACAAUUUGGGACCUAAACCUAUGGGAUAUGAAGGAUUGAGCUACGAGAAUGCAAGACCUAAACCGCAUUAUAUUGAUUAUUAUAAACCCAACUCAGAGUUUUACGAUAGACCGAAACCACAUAUUUCGGUGAGACCGAAGCCUGAUUAUAAUGAUAAAUUCAGGCCAAGUUAUGAUAGACCUUCGUUAGAUUCAGGAUAUGAUAGACCAAGACCUGAUUAUUAUCCAGAAAGACCUAAACCUGAAUCUGGAUACGAUUCUAGUUUUGAUAGACCGAAACCGAAUAUGAGACCAAUGCCUGAAUUCGGUUAUGGUUCAAGUUUCGAUAGACCAAAUCCAAUUAUGCUUGGAACUGAAAGACCAUUACCAGACAUGGGUUAUGGUUCAUCUUUUGAUAAACCGAGACCUAAUAAAUACGAAAAUGAAAAACCGAGACCAGAUACAGGAUAUUUUGAUAGACCAAAGCCUGGCGUGUAUGAAAAUGAAAGGCCAAAACCAGAUUCAGGGUAUUACGAUAGACCAAAGCCUGAUAUGUAUGAAAAUGAAAGGCCAAAGCCAGAUUCAGGGUAUUACGAUAGACCAAAGCCUGAUUUAUAUGAAAAUGAAAGACCUAAACCAGAUUCAGCUUAUGGUUCAAGUUAUGAUAGGCCUAAACCUAAUAACUAUGGAAAUGAGAGACCAAGACCUGAUUCAGGUUAUGGUCCGAGCUUUGAUGGACCCGGUUAUGGUUCUAACAUGAAACCUGGUCACUAUGGAAACAUAAGGCCUAUCGAUUUUGAAAGUGAACGUCCAGAUUUAGGUUAUGGUUUGAAUUUUGAUAGGCCAGAACAAAAUCUUUACGGAAACGAGAGACCUAAACCUGAAUCAGAUUACGGUUCAAGCUUUGACAGACCGACGUCAAUUGAUUAUGAAAGACCAAAACCGGACGCUUAUAGACCAAAUGACAGACCGAAGCCAAAGCCUGAUACUGGUUACAGCAUAAAUCUAGAUAAACCAAAGCCAGAUUCAGAUUACGGUUCAAAUAGCAGACCGAAACCUCUCGACUAUAAUACGGGUACAAUUAAACCGAAUUCUGGUUAUGGUUCAAAACCGAAUAAUUCAGAUCGACCAGAAUCCGGUUACGGAGAGGCCGGAAGUAAACCUAACAACAACAAUUACGGUUCCAAUUCAGCUUCUGAUGGUUAUGGAUCUCGUCCUGACUCGACUUACGUCAGCUCAGAAAACGUGAAUUACAGACCAAACAGACCCUACGAUCCGAACAACCCGAACUACGAUCAAUCUCCGAAUGUCGACUACAAAGAAACGAUGUCGUACAAGGUUAAGAAAGAGGAGUCCCGGAAAGGCGAUAAGAACGGAACACCGGAAGCGAAGCCGAUAAUAACGCAACGGAUUGGUCCGCAUGGCGAAACAAUCACAUCAAUCAUAACUGAAAUAAAACCAAGUGAGUAA